AUGGAACGAUAUGAUUGGAAUAUAUUUUCAUUGAUUAUUGAAUCACGUUUAUCUGACGAAGAAGAACAUGGAAAUGAACAACGAAAUUGUAAAAAACUUCAUGUGAUUGUACUCAUUUCAAAGGACAAAAGAAGUAAAUAUCUGAUAAAGUUCUAUUAUUAUCAAUUCUAAUUGUGUCUCGAUGGGUUAUACGCUAAUUGAUCAUUUUAUGAUUCAUAGUAAUGCUAAUAAUUACCAUCGAUUCCCCGCUGGAUGUAAAUGAAAUAGAAAAACAAAAUCUCUAUCUAUUACACCUGAACAGAUCAUACAGAAUCUUUACAUUUUGAGUAAUAAAAUAAUCUAAUGUAAACAAUUCUGUAGUUUCUAUGAGAAAAAAACAAUCAAUCGCUGAAUGUCCCGCAUGUCCCGGUCAUAAAAAAAAUCUCUUUUUCUUUGAUUCUAAAAAUCAAUGUUCCGUAUGUCCCACUUAUAAAGCAAUGUUUAUAAUGAAUGAGAAAUCUAAAUAUUCAAAAAAUUAACUUUUUUUCAUCAAUUUUAUCUUUAGUCUAAAUUUCUUUUCUUCUUAAAUUGAUUGAAUUUAUUCAAAUAGGCAAUAUUUUACUUUGCUAUUAGCAAAAGAAAAUAUUUUUCAUAUAUAAAAUUUAAUCUACAAUCAGAAACCAUUUUAAAUUCUCUUUUUCUUUAAAUUAAAAAUAUAGAAAUAAUUUUUUUAGUUAUAGCAUUCAAAACACAACUAAAUUCCCUAACCGACUGUCACAUAUAUGUGAUAUACAAAGACCACAUUAUGUGCUGUUCAUCUUAGAAAGCUGGCAAGAAUCUUUUUCUUUUCUAUUAUAAGAAUCUUGUCUGAAUAUGAAGAAAUUUAAAAUAUCUUGUGUUUCUUUUUCUUCAUAAUAUUCGGGCAAGAUUCUUUUUAUCUUGAACGUCAGUCAAAAUUCUUUUUAAAAGGAAAGAAAAAGAUUCUUCUCUGAAAAUCAAGAAAAACAAGAGCCCGGAAAGAAUAGGACAAGACCGGUGACUGGUGACAUUUAUAUCCGGCUGGAUGAAAAAAAGUGGAUGAACAUCUACGAUUAGAUGACAGAAAGUCAUCUAAAUAUUAUGCGAUUGGUCCUGCAUUAUUCGGAGAAAAAUUUGAAACUGUAUCGAUGUAUAUAAUUAUUCAACAGGCGCAAAGUUUUAGCAAACGAAAUUAUAAAGUUUUUGACUAUACCGAAAACGAUCAUGUCCAAAAAUAAAUAUUUUCAAUAUAAGUCAGAGUAUGGAU